AUGCAACGGUCACAGUCCGCAGUAGAUUUCGCAAAUCUGCUGAACCCUGCUUCCUCGGCGCCCGCCGCUCCGGAACACCAAGAAUCCAACAGCGGCACCAACAGCGGCAGCACCAGCCAGUCGCAGUCUCCCACCCAGCAGCACAACGAUCCAGCAGAUAUGGCGUCCGUCUCUGUGCUCCGCCCAAACGGGCCCCUGCCCACCGGCCAGCCCGCCGAGGUGAGCAACGAGCUCCCGCGGCCCUACAAGUGCCCGCUCUGCGACAAGGCCUUCCACCGUCUGGAGCACCAGACAAGACACAUCAGGACGCACACGGGCGAGAAGCCGCAUGCUUGCAACUUCCCGGGCUGCAGCAAGAAGUUUUCCAGAUCUGACGAGUUGACUCGGCACUCGAGGAUACACAGCAACCCGAACUCGAGACGGGGCAACAAGGGCCAGCAGCCGCACCAGAUGAUGGGUGGCCUGCAGCCCGGCGACCUGAUGCCGCCCCCGGCUCCAAAGAACAUCCGUUCGGCUCCUCCUUCCUCCCUGUCCUCGCCAAAUGUGUCCCCGCCUCACUCGUACUCCCAGUUCGUCCUGCCGCACAACACUGUUGCUCCAUUCGGAAGGGCCCCCGCUGGCAGCCCCCAUGGCGGCGGACCGAUGGACAUUACGAUGCUCGCAAAGGCUGCUCACCAGGUCGAGCGUGACAACCUGAUGGCUCCCUCAGCAAGCCACCACUCUUCGAGGUUCCACCCCUACUACUCUCACAGCUCUCACGGCUCCCGCGGCAAUCUGCCCUCGCUCUCAGCCUACCACAUGUCAAGAUCAAACUCACAGGAGGAGCACCACGACGACCAUUAUUCGCAUGCGUACAGGCACGCCAAGAGGUCAAGGCCCAACUCCCCCAACUCUACUGCUCCUUCGUCACCAACGUUCUCGCACGACUCCUUGACACCACACGCCGCGCUUGCUCCCCUGGAGCCCCAGCCGGAGCAGCAGUUCCCCAACCCCCCACCUGCGAGCGGUGCAGCCCCCGGCGUGAGAACUGGUAUGUCCUUGUCGGACAUUAUGAGCAGACCAGACGGAAACCAACGGAAGCUCCCAGUUCCCCAGGUCCCCAAGGUGGCGGUGCACGAUCUGUUGGCUCCCGAAGGUUUCAACACCAGCGGGCGGAGCUCCUCAUCCAACAGCAUCGCUGGUGGAGAUCUCAUGGAUCGCUCCUAG